AUGGCGGCUGCCAGGAGGGUCCCAUGGACCGUGCACGCGGUGGCGCUACUGGUUCAUGGCGUAUCUACCGCGACUUCCAUGAUGGUGAGCGACCGCAUCCGUCGCGACAUCGACCCGUACAACGCCUCGCGCACCAGUGCAAGUACGCAGGACCUCGAGGACGAGGGCAUCAAGAAGGUCCAGUGCCGCCAGCUGCUGGCGCUGGCGGCGGAGGGCGGGGCCGGCGGCGGGGAGGACACUGGCAGCCCGUGGCCGACGCAGGACCCCAGCACCGGCGGGUCCCAGGGCGGCGCGCCAGCUCCAGCGACCCCAGGCGCCGUAGGCGCGGGCGCCCAGAGCUGUCCGAGCAGGUGUGAGGGGGCGCAGGCGGCGGCCGGCGCUGACGGGUCGCGUCGGCGAUGUUGGGCCCAGUGGGACCGGCGCCGCCAGAACUACAGGGUGCGAUGCAUGCAGGGCAGCGAGCACUUCGAGGUCCGGGUGACCCUGGCCAUGGCGCGCUGCGACCAGGCGGAGGCUGCGAGGGUCGCGACGGCUUUGAAGGGCAGGUUUCUGGAGACUGGGGCCACCAAGGAGGCGCUGACGGCCUACUGCCGCGACCUCCUCGCAGCCUCUCCUGGCUGCUCCAAGGCGGCGGCGUCCUCUGCCAAGCCCUGCCCCGGGCCCGCGGCCGCCCGCCCGGGGCAGAAGCGGAGCCGCCGCGCACCCGGCAGCGCGGGCAGCGGGGCGGCUGGAGAGGCGCCGGGCGGGAGGUUUUCGCGCCGAUGCGGGCUGCGUUGGUCGAGCAAGACCACCAGAGCAGCGCGGCUCUCGAGGCAGCCUCCAAGGAAGGAGCGCGCCGCGGCCGUCCCCACGACGUGCGCCUCGAUCCUGAAGGCCAUCGUUGUGGCUGCGCGCGCCAGCCCUGGCAAGUCGAGGCCGCCGUCGUGGGCCCACGCGGGGGUGACCGAGGCAGAGGUGCCAGAGAGGCCGAAGCACUGGCCAAAGUUGGCGCGGCCUGACCUGAAGUCACACACUUCGUGGCUGCCCAGGGACUGGGACUUCGGCCACAAGCUUACUCGAGGCGGCAAGUUGUUGCCGUGCUACGUGCGGCAGGGCGAUGGGCGGAUGCGUUUCCACAAGGCGGACGUGGAGGGGGACGUCGGCCGUCAGCUCACCAGCGAAGAGCGUGGUUUGAAGAGCCACGCCAGAUGGGCUUCAGGAGAGUUCGGGGAUCCGGAGACCACCGUCUUGAAACGCACGGUGAAGAGCGUGGGCAAUCCUGCUGCUUACAUCGAUGAUCGGUGCAAGCUGCUCGACGGACUCACCAUCAAGGCGGCGCUUACGGAGUUCAAGUACGAUCGCACCGGAAAGCUGGUCAACUACACGAACGCCGACUUGAGGUACGACUUGAAGUCCGGCAGGAUCACGACCGAGCUGGCGGCCGCUCCGACGCCGAGUGCGUCCGAGUCGGGGAGCGCCUCGCAGGGAGGCUGCUGA